AUGCGCUGCUCCGCUUACACGACCCUUGUGUGUCUCGCCGUCGCGGUGGCGGCUUCCCCUAUGCCCUUUGAACAAGACCAGCCCCUGCAGGCACGCGAUGCCUGGACUCCUCCUGUACGCCGCGAAGUCUUCGCUAUGCGCGGCGGCAGCUUUAACGCGCGCAACGCCGCGGAGCUCGAGGCUAGGAAGGUCGAGAUCGCGAGGAGUGAGGCCGAGCUGCAAGCCAAGCGUGAUGCCGCGGCGGAGCUCGCAGGGCGCGAAGACCGAGCGGUGCAGAUGCGUGCUGUCCUCGACAACAUUGAAGCGCGCGGAGAGGCCUUUGAGGCGGCCAAACGCGAGUACGAGGAGCUCCAACUCCGCGAGCUGCUCCAGCUCGGCUCGCGCGACUCUGCAGGCGGUUCAGUUCACUUCGCCAAGCGCGAGCCGCAGUUCGGCAACUUCGACAUCAACAGCCUCCUGAGUGGCUUCGGGAACAGCAGUUCGAGCGGCAACACAGGCUCGAGCACCGGCUUCGGAGGAUUGAGCGGACUCUUCAGCGGCCCCUUCACCGCCCUGAAUAGUAUUCUCAGUGGUCUCGGCAUCAACCUCCGCCGUGACGAGCUCGAAAUGGUUGUACGCGCUUAUAACGACGAUCUAUCCCACAUCUCCAAGCGCCAGUUCGGCAACUUCAACAUCAACAGCCUCCUCGGUGGCUUCGGGAACACCAAUUCGACCGGCAACACAGCCUCGAGCACCGGCUUCGGAGGAUUGGGCGCACUCUUCAACGCCCCUUUCUCGGCUCUGAACAGCAUCUUCAGCAGCCUCGGCUUCAACCUCCGUCGCGAUGAGCUAGAGAUCGUCGCACGUGCUCUCGACAACGACCUGAGUUACGUCUCCAAGCGUCAAUUCGGCGGCAACUUCAACUUCAACAGCAUCCUGGGCGGUUUUGGCAAUGGCACCACGGGCGGCAACAGCGGAACUGGUGGCUUUGGAGGGUUGGGCGGAAUCAUCGACGCUCCCUUCUCCAUCUUGAACAGUAUCUUCAGCGGUCUUGGUUUUAAUCUUCGCCGCGACCAGCUGGAGAUGGUUGUACGCGCCCUCGAUGACGACCUCAGCCACGUCUCCAAACGUCAGUUCGGUGGCAACUUCAACUUCGGCAACAUCCUGGGCGGUCUUGGCAAUGGCACCACGAGCGGCAACACCGGUUCUAGCGGCUUUGGGGGAUUGGGUGGAAUCAUCGACGCUCCCUUCUCUAUCUUGAACAGCAUCUUCAGCGGUCUCGGCUUCAACCUCCGUCGCGACCAGUUGGAGUUGAUUGCGCGCGUCUUCGACGAGUCCGCACAAGUCUCCAAGCGCGACCCGCAGUUCGGCAACUUCGGCAACUUCAACCUCAACAGCCUCCUCAGCAGCUUUGGCAACUUCAACGGCUCCGCUAGCGGCACCACCGGCUCUAACACCGGCUUCAGUGGUCUCGGCGGUCUGAGCACGCUCACCGGCGGCGGCCUUGGAAACUUUGGUGGCGGCGACCUCAGCAACAUCCUCGGCAGCCUCGGGUUCAACUUCCGUCGCGAGGAGGCGCAGUUAGGUGCGCGCGCCCUGCCGCUGGGCGUUGGCUCGGCCCCUGUGGAGGCGAUGAAGCGGGAUCCAUUUGGCCUUGACGCAUUUGUCCAAUCCAAGCGUAACGACUGA